UCAGCCCAUCUCCGCAUCAUCACCUGCCCUUUGUCCACUGAGUUAAGGGAAGACUUGUCUCAUCAGGGGACAGAUAAGGACCUUCUACUUGAUCAGAAACAGCCUUCCAGAAAACUAAAAGCAGUGACUUCACCUCUUCAUCUCUAGUGCACCCUCCUUUCGCACUUUCCCUCCUCCCUCUCGAGUCUUUGUGUCUCAGGUGUCUGUUCGGCCUGUGAGCAGUGAUGGGGGACUGGAGUCUCCUGGGGAAUUUCUUAGAGGAGGUUCAGGAACACUCCACUUCGGUCGGGAAGGUCUGGCUCACCGUUCUCUUCAUCUUCCGCAUCCUGGUCCUUGGCACGGCAGCCGAGUCCUCUUGGGGAGACGAGCAGAGCGAUUUCCUGUGCGACACUCAGCAGCCCGGUUGCACCAAUGUGUGUUAUGACAGCGCCUUCCCCAUCGCCCACAUCCGCUACUGGGUACUGCAGAUCGUUUUUGUCUCCACGCCAUCCCUCAUCUACAUGGGCCACGCCAUGCACAUUGUGCGCAGAGAGGAGAAGGUGCGGAGGAAGGAGCAGGAGGAGAGAGGGGAAGGCGAAGGCGACCUGGAGGGGGAGAAGGAGUACCUCCAGCGGAAGGAGAGCGGAAGAAUGACCGCUGACGGGACUGGCCAUUUUCGCCUGAAAGGAGCUCUGCUGCAGACUUACAUCCUGAGCAUCAUGAUCCGCACAGUGAUGGAGGUGACAUUUGUCGUGGUGCAGUACAUGAUUUACGGGGUGUUCCUCAGGGCGUUGUACCUGUGCAAGGCUUGGCCCUGCCCCAACCCCGUCAACUGCUACAUGUCCCGACCCACAGAGAAGAAUGUCUUCAUCAUCUUCAUGCUGGUGGUGGCUGGUGUGUCUCUACUGCUCUCUGUGUUGGAGCUCUACCACCUUGGCUGGAAAAGCGCCAGGAGGUGUUUACGCAAGAAGAGGAUGCAGAAGAGCAACGACAGAGCUGUGACUGUGGCCGCAACUGCGGCCUUGGAGCCCAACAGCCCACCUCGGCUCUCUGCCUCCUGCACUCCACCCCCUGACUUCAGCCAAUGUCUGGCAGUAACCAGCUCCAUGAACCCCAUGACCUCUAUGGCCUCUCAUCCCUUUAACAACAGGAUGGCGCUGCAGCAGAACUCAGUCAACUUUGCCACGGAGCGGCAUCACAGCUGCGACAACGAGGACGAGGAGGACUUUCUGAGGAUGAGAUACGACCAGGUGCCCAUAGAGGUGCCCAACAGCUGCUCCCCAUCACCUCUGCUGCACUCCGGCUACAUGAAGGACAAACGCCGCCUGAGCAAGACCAGUGGGAGCAGCAGCCGGGCUCGCCAGGAUGAUCUGGCAGUUUAGACACAACCAGAAAGAGAGGCUAACAAGGGGGGGGGGGGGAGUUGGACUUUCAGAACAAAGAGAAAAGACAGGAAGAUCCGUUUAUGAAGACACAAAGUGGAGUCAGUGUGUCGUGACUGAGUGAAGAGUCAGAAUGUGAACAGAAGCUGAUUAUGCAGACUCUGGCAUUGAACCCUGAAACUUGACUAUAGAGAACGGACUAAAUGUUCACUUUAGAAAGACUGAUCUGUGAGUGGACCAUGUGAACUUGACAUGUGGGAGUUCUGUGAGCAGAUAGUGUUUGUGAAUCAAUCUGUCCCAGAGCUUGAAAAACUGACAACCAAACUGCAAAAGAAAUCAUUUUGAAAUGAGAACAGGGUUAACAGGUGUGAUACCUGACUAUUGCACAUUUUAUGUUUCAGUUAAAAAGUUAAAGCCAAAAACAGAGAGAUGAAGAGACUAUUAAGUGGGAAUGACAUGAUGCUUGGGGUGAGAUGAAUUAGGAAAACCAUUUAAUUAGAAAGAUAAAUAUGACACAAAUCUCAACUAUUCAACUAAUUACAACAUUGUUUUAUUCUCCCGCUGCAAAAAAAUUGGAGAUGCAUUAAGAGAAAACAGGGACUCAAUAUGCAAAAAACUGUGAAGCUUGCCAGUAUAUAAAUUGGAUGUUUGUAUGCAGCGCAUUUGCAAUGAAUCAAGGCAAAGUGCCUUAACAUGUUUGAAGAUAUAUCUCUUUCCGUACAACAUGUUUUCUAUAUAUAUUUUUCCUUUAAAUUUAGAUAAAGCCGUCGGUUGACUUGCUAACCUGCACUACACCCGGGUCAGCAAACUUAAAAUGUAACUCAAGAAUAAUCACUUUACAAUCUAAAAGAAGGUGUGAAGUAAAACUGUAUUCAUUAGUUAUAUAUGUGACAGGAGCCUUUGUGUGCAGAAUUAGAAAAUGUUGCCUGUUUUAGGAUUUUUCCUUUUGAGAGGGAUUCAAGGGAAAAGAAAAAGAAGAAGUGCUGCCUGGAUGCUGUUAUGAGGAGAUCUGGCCACUGGGUGGAAACAUUGCACUUAAGUUUUUCAGUUUCUGCCCUGGAGCCGUUGUGUAAAUAGUAAAUGUGUCCCUAUGCAAUGUAUGUUUGAGUUGAUAUCUUUGAAUGUAUUUUAUUUCAUUGCCGGUGUCUUGUUUUUACUAUAUGCUAAAUAAUUGUAUAUGUUGUUUAUGACAGCAGAUUUUUUUAAUGGACAUCCACUGCAACUGGGGUUUUAAUCCUACGCAUCUCUUACAGCAACUAAACACAGAAAUAUUUUUGGUUCUUCCACGCAGACCUUUAUGCAAUAAAUGUCAUCACUAACCCUUCACCAAUUAAUAAAUC